AGGGUUACGCCUGUUUUGUUAAUACUUGCCUCAAGUUUAAGCUCGGCGAACAAAGAAAAUGCGAUAUCAGCAAAAAAGGACAUUGUCGAAGAGAUACUGAGUGCUUUGGAAGAGUGGACAAAGGCCUUGGGCUUACCUAAAGCUGAUGAUCGGAUUGCAUCCUUGCCUGCCACAGGAGUUUCGGGCAAGGAUCCGGUGGAAGAAUGUGUACAGCUGUUAGAAGAUAUUAAAAUAACUAUUGAAAAGCCUUUAAUUUUUACUAAAAGACGGCCAUCAGAAAGUGUGGAUCCUGAAGAUUAUAGUCAUAAACCUGUUGUCAGCAAAAAAGAGUGGACGCAUAAUGUGACUUUAGUACUCAACUCUGACGAGACAUCAGACUCGCCUGCAAUUAGUAGUGCUAUAGUCAAAGUUCCUUGCAAGAGCUCUCAGGAAAUUUCCUGCAAGACACCUCAGGAAACUCCUUGCAAGCCUCUUCAGGAAACUCCUUGCAAGCCUCUUCAGGAAAUUCCUUGCACGAUACCUCAGGAAACGCCUUGCAAAAUACCUCGGGAAACGCCUUGUAAGAUCCCCCAAACACGUUUAGAUUUGAAUGGGGACAUUACGCUAUCCUAUCAAACACCGCAAAGACGCUUGCUUAAUGAACAUACAGUAACUCGCGUCGAGGAUAUAUCUAAUCUCGGAACAAACAGAAGAUGGACGCGACUAAACGACAAAACACUUGAACAAAUGGCUUCUCUUACAUACGCCUUCAGGACUAGAGCUCAGAAAACAAAAGAU